AUGUGGCGCUUGAGUUCAAGUUCCUCGGCGUCAUCUAUUAUAACUUUAAAUCACCGUUGGUGUACUAUUUACUCCACAAAUCUAUCUAUCUAUCUAUCUAUCUAUCUAUCUAUCUAUCUAUCUCAUUCAAUUAAUAUCUAUUUCAUUCUGUUCAUUUCUAUCUAUCUAUCUAUCUAUCUAUCUAUCUAUACACAAUAUCAGAUUUUAUGCCUGUCAAUAUUGCGGCACAGAAAUACAUACCUAUACAAAAGUCACAAUGAAUAUAUACUUUUCUUAAUAUAUUUCCCACAUCUAUCUAUCUAUCUAUCUAUCUAUCUAUCUAUCUAUCCUUACAUCAAUAAAUAUAACUUGUCGGAGUAUAUUCUUUUCAAGAAAAUAACUUAUCUAUCUAUCUAUCUAUCUAUCUAUCUAUCUAUCUAUCUAUCUAUCUAUUUUGAUAUAUCUACAUAUUAUUUCAAAUCUAUAUUUUUAACCUCAUUUUUCCUUCUCUUUUUCUAUCUACUUCUCCCUCCCUUCCUCUCUCUUCCCUUUACCCUAUCUCUCGCCAACUUUCUACCUCUAUCUAUUUCUCUUCCCCUUUUUCUAAAAUCUCCCUCCCUGCUUUUCUCCCUCUCACACCCUCGAUCUAUCCCUCUCUAUUCCUUUCUGCAUCUCUCUUCCUUUCUCUCUUCCUCUGUCCCUUCCCCUCUCUUUCUUUUACCAUCUCCCUUCCUCUCUACCUCUAUCUCCCUUACCCUUUCUCUAAUAUCUCCAUCCUUGCUUUUCUCCCUCUCACGCCCUCUAUCUAUCCUUCUCUCUUCCUCUCUUAACAUCUCUUUCCCUUUCUCUCUUUCUCUGUCUCUUCCGCUCUUUUCAAUUUUACCCUCUCCCCCCUCUUUCUACCUCUGUCUAUUUCUCUUCCCCUUUCUCUAA